AUUGCGUCGGCCUCAACUUGGGCCCUCUUUCGCUUCGUCGUCCUCGCUGCUCCGCGCGUUAACGAAGCUCAAGCGCGAACUGUUGCCGGAGUUUGGCGCAGCUCAAACACAAAUCAAGCAACAUGGUGCUCUCCAACGAUAUCGACCUCUUGCACCCCCCUGCGGAGCUGGAGAAGCGAAAGCAUAAGUUGAAACGUCUCGUGCAGUCGCCUAACUCCUUCUUCAUGGAUGUGAAGUGUCAAGGAUGCUUCAGCAUCACAACUGUGUUCAGCCACUCUCAGACGGUGGUGCUCUGCGGAAGUUGCUCCACAGUGCUUUGCCAACCAACCGGAGGAAGGGCUCGAUUGACUGAAGGUUGCUCUUUCAGGAAGAAGGGCGACUAGAUGCACGGUUUUACGUUCUCCUUGUGAUAAGAGACACGUAUUGAUUGCUGCUUGCUUGGUUAGAAUGGAUGUCUUCAACGGCACCCUGGGAUCCGUCUUAGCUAAUGUCUCAGUUACUGGCAUCCAGCUAGGGGUUUUUUAGCAUCAGAAAUCCUUAAAUACACCAGACUUUUGAUGUGCGAACACCUUGUGGUCUUUAUCUACUGACUUUUUAGUCUGAAAUAUGUCGGCGGAGAUUGAUCAGCUUGCCAUGGAAUAUUGAAAUCACAUGUCGUUGUUGCAUGUUAUUCCUCUGGAUUGGAUAAUA